AUGGACGGACGGACGGGCAGCCAGAGGGCAGAGCGCGGUGACGCCGCGGCAGCCACCACGGAGAGGACACAGGACCCCCCCCUGGGCCCGCCGUGCCCCUUCGAAAGGGUGGCCUACCCCAAUACCCCCCAGGGUCCCCCACAGGGCUGCUUCGCCUGCAUCGCCAAGCCCCCGGCUCUCCGGCAAGCUUCGCCCGUCCUGUCUCCUUCUUCUGCCGUUUACCUCAUGGAGAGCAAGAGCUGCAAAGGGGACAGCCUGCGGCCAGCAGUCCCAUGCAAGCACUCAGUGGAGAAGAAGACGAUGACCAACCCCACCACUGUCAUCGAAAUCUACCCUGACACCACCGAGGUGAAUGACUACUAUCUCUGGUCCAUCUUCAACUUCGUAUACCUCAACUUCUGCUGCCUCGGCUUCAUCGCCUUGGCCUAUUCAUUGAAAGUCCGGGAUAAGAAACUCCUCAAUGACCUAAAUGGAGCAGUUGAAGAUGCCAAGACAGCCCGGCUUUUUAACAUCACCAGUUCAGCCCUUGCCACCUUCUGUAUCAUCCUUAUCUUCAUCUUCCUGCGAUACCCCCUCACUGACUACUAG